AUGAGUGAUCUGACAAAUAUCAUGACAUUUGAAUUAUUACCAAAUGAAAUAUUAAUUAAAUGUUUUGGAUAUCUUAAUGCAAUAGAUAUUUUUCAUUCAUUUGAUCAAUUAAAUUCUCGUUUUAACAAACUUAUUCGAAUUAUUCCAUUAUAUCUUAGUUUUGAAAAUGUUCGAAAGAGAAUAUUUGAUCAAUUUUGUAAAAAAAUAUUAUUAAAUUCAGAAAUAAAAAAUCAAAUUAUUUCAUUAAAAUUAUCAAAUAUAAAUACCUAUGGUCAAAUUGAUGGAUUUCUAUCAUUAUUUUCACUGACUGAAUUUUCUAAUCUUCAAUCAUUAGUAUUGAAUCGAAUUAAAAUUACUAAUUUAGAAAAAUUACAAUCAAUAUUACCACUAAUAUCUAAACUAGAUUCUUUUUGUUUAAUUGAUUACAAUUAUAAUUUAUCAAGUAUUUUACCAUCAGGUAAACUUCAAUUAUUAGCAGUAUCCAAAUUUACUCAUCAUUUCAAUCAUAUUCUUAAAACAUAUUCAAUUAUAAAUUUAACAAUUUCAAAAUGUAGUUUAAAUGAAUUAUAUGAAUUAUUUUCUUAUAUACCUAUGUUAAAAUAUCUUAAUAUUCAUAAUGUAUGGACAUACUUCGAAGGAUAUAUCUCAAAGAAUAAUACAAUUUCUAAUCGUCGUUGUGCAAUUAAUCUACAAAAAAUAAUUAUAAAUAAUUUUCAACAUGAAUUUCAAGAUUUUAAGAUAUUUGUAGAACAAACACCAAAUAUAAAAUAUUUAACAAUAUGUUCCAACGAUAAAACCAUGAUUGAUGCAUAUAAUUGGCAAACUUUAAUUAUUACUUCAUUAUCUUAUCUCAUUAGUUUUAAGUUUAAAUUUAUCUAUUCACGUAAAGAUGAUGAUGAUGAUGAUAAUAAUAAUACUAUUAUUGAUAAAUUCGAACAAUUUCAAAGUAAUUUUUGGCAAGAUCAACAUUUUUGGAAUACUGAAUAUGUAUUAGAUAAAAAUUUAGCAUAUGUUUAUACAAUACCUUACAUAUCCGAUACAUAUAUGUUAACACCAUAUACAAAUAGAUAUUGUAAAAAAUCGAUAAAUAAUUUAAAUAUAUUCAAUAAUGUAACAAAUUUAAUAUUGUAUGAAAAAAUAAUAAGAGACAAAUGUGAAUUUUACUUUUCAAAUGUUGAAUCAUUAACACUAGAAAAUGUAACUGAUACUUUAGAAUAUAAUAAUAAUUAUUUUCUAUGUGUAGAACAUGUUCAAUUUUUGAAAACAAUUGUCAAUUUAAUUAAUUUAAAACAUUUAAAUAUUUCAUCUAAAUGUAAUAUAGAUGUAUCACCAGUAUUGUUAGAAAUAUUAAAACAAUCACUACAACUUUCAUCAUUAACAAUUGAUCUAUUUGCGUUAUCAAUAUUAUUCAACAAUGAUGAAUUAUGUAGACAUUUAAAUAAAAUGAUUAAUAAAUUAGACGUAUACAAAGAAUAUGAUGAUAAAUUGAAUGAAUUUCAUAUAAUUGCAAAGUUAUGUCAAGUAUUUUCAAAUCUUGAACAAUUAAAAUGUAAUAUUUGCCAAUUGGAUAGUUUGUUAUUUAUAUUAAAUAAUUUAUCAAAAUUAUCAUUUUUAUGUGUAGUCGUAUCACAAAUCGAUGAACAUUUUAUUGAUCAAUUUAAACAUGAACUAUUAAAGUUAAACAUCAUGCAUGAGAUAGAAUAUGAUUAUUCAACUCAUGGAAUGUGUAAAGUAGAUAUAUGCAUCUGGAUUAGUUGA